AUGCCCGCCUUCGACCCCGUCCGCGACGCCGUCCUCAACUCCCCGCUCUCCCCGUCCCCCAUCCUCCCUCCCCGCGCACACCCAGCACACACAGACAGCGUCCCCGUCCACCGUCGCGCCACCGACCUCAGCGUUCUCCUCAACACCGCCGCCCCACACCCACCGCCGCCGCCGCCGCCGCUGCCCUCCUCCGCCACCUACCUCCCGCCCCGCUCCUCCGCACACUCCCUCUCCCGUCCCUCCACCUCCGACGACACACCCCACCGCACCCCGCUCUCGCCCCACAUGCCCCCUCCUCCCCGCCCCGCACCCUCCCAAGCACCCACCCCCCCCCACCGCCGCACCCCCGCCGGCUCCGUCCUCGUCCCCCUCACCCACGACGAGAUCGACAUGUACCGCUCCUACGUCGGCGCCGGCACCCGCCGCCUCGCCAAGCGCAAGCGCGCGGCCCCCGGCUCCGAAAACAGCCCCGCCCCCGGCUCCGGCCCCGGCCGCGCUGCGGACGCCCCGCAGCACCACCCCCACCCAGACGCGGACGGCACCGACGCCCUCGACGCCGACCCCGCCGCCGACGCGCCCCGCGCGAAGCGCUCGCGGGACGUCGCCCUCGUCGCCGACCACUACAACGCCCGCCCCGAGGUCGGCGUGCAGCAGCGCCGCGAGUCGCCCAUCAUCGGGCUGCGCAAGUUCAACAACUGGGUAAAGUCCGUCCUCAUCACGCGCUUUGCCCACCCCGCCCUGCACGCCCCCGCCCCCGCGCCGGGCGCCACGAGCGCGGGUGCGGGCGGGAACGGCGGCGGCGGCGGCGGCGGUGGCGGGACAUUCGCGUUCGGCGGGCGUGCGAACGCAAAGGUGCUCGAUAUGGGCUGCGGCAAGGGCGGCGACUUGUCCAAGUGGAGCAAGGCGCGCGUCAAGGAGUACGUCGGCGUCGACAUCGCCGCCGUCUCCGUCGACCAAGCCCGCGCGCGCUACGAGUCCAUGACCUCCCGCCCCUCGCGCGGGCCCCGCGGCAGCCACGGGAACGCCAGCGCCAGCGCCAGCGCCAACGGGGGCUUCGCCGCGUUCUUCGCCGCGUGCGACUGCUUCGCGGACGCGCUGACGCGCGCGGUGCCGCCGGAGCGGCUCUCGACGCCGUUCGACGCGGUGUCGCUGCAGUUCUGCAUGCACUACGCGUUCGAGAGCCGCGAGAAGGCGCGGCGGAUGCUCGAUAAUGCCGCGCGGUGGUUGAGGCCUGGGGGCGUGUUCGUGGGGACGAUACCGAACGCGGAGCAGCUGCUGGCGAGGCUGGACGCGCUGCCGCCCGGCGCGCCGCCGAGCUUUGGGAACGACGUGUACAGGAUCCGGUUCGAGGACGGCGAGCGCGCGCGGGACAAGGCGGCGCGGCCCGUGUUCGGGCACAAGUACUGGUUCUUCCUGCGCGACGCCGUCGAGGACGUGCCCGAGUACAUCGUGCACUGGGAGCCGUUCGUCGAGCUCGCGGCGGAGUACGGGCUGCAUCCGGUGUAUAAGAAGGAGUUCCAUGAGGUGUUUGAGGAGCAUCAGGGGCACGCGGAGUUUGGGCCGUUGUUGGAGCGCAUGAAGGUCGUCGAUAAGGACGGCGAGAGCCAGAUGGAUGAGGACCAGUGGGAGGCGGCCAAUAUCUACAUCGCGUUCGCGUUGGAGAAGCGCUGA